GUCAGACAGCAGCCUGCAGGAGCAGUCAGACAGCAGCGCAGGGGAGGGAGGAGCUGAAGGAGAAACCAGCCGAGAAGGGAGCACAGAGGAGGCGCAGAGUCUCCAGCACGAACAGAUCCUGAAAGCAGCAAAGACCUUACUGCACCAGCAGCACAGGACUGGCCUGGAGCCCCAGAGCAAUGCUAAGAAUCAGCCUCAUCAGGUCUCCCUCGCCCUGAUGAGCCCCCAUCCAGUACACCAUGUCCUGACUCACAACCAGAUCCAGCGUCUGCUUCAGCAGCAGCAAGCCAUGAUGCUACACCAGCAACACAUGAAGGACUUUUACAAGCAGCAGCAACAACAGAUUUACCUCCAACUGUUGCAGCAGAAGAACCCAGAGAAGAGAAUAACCGAGCCCUCCUUACAGCAGCUGCUGUUUCAGCAGUUACUCCAGCUCCAGCAUCAGCAGCAGCUGGGACAGCUCCUCCUGCCCUCACACACCCUGGCUCCAGGUGAAAGUAGAGGAACUAGCCCGGACUGUACCAACUCUACCACCACCUCACCGUCCACCCCCUCCACCACCUCAGUGAACUUGGCCCAGGAGAAAUCUCAACCCCCCCGCAGAACUGAAUGCUUCACUGAUGUGGAUCACUCAGCCAUACAGCGGCUCUACAGUCACGGCGUGUGUAACUGGCCUGGCUGUGACUGCGUUUGUGAAAACAUGGGCCAGUUUGUCAGACACCUGGGUAAUGAGCACACCCUGGAUGCCCGCAGCACUGCCCAGUGCAGGGUCCAGAUGCAGGUGGUGCAGCAGCUGGAUCUCCAGCUUUCUAAAGAGAGAGAGCGUCUCCAAGCAAUGAUGGCUCACCUGCAUCUGCCACCAGAGCCUCAGACACCAUCCUCAUGUCUGAACUCAGUGUCCAGCGUCAGUAUGUUGAGGAGUCAGCGGGACCCCUCGCCUCCAGAGCUGCCCCAGGAGUCCCCUCCGCCCGCGGCGGCCCCAGACAGCCCCCUGUCUCUGGGGCUGGAGGACCCUACCCCCCCCUACCCUGCCACCACCCCCAGCACAGGAGCCCUGAGGCUCCACCCGCCCCCCCUGCCCCUGUCCUCAGACACUGGACACACUUUCGAGCUGUACGAGAAUGCAGAUAUCCGACCUCCUUAUACCUACGCGACUCUAAUAAGACAGGCCAUAGUAGAGUCACCAGACCUGCAACUCACUCUCAGUGAGGUCUACAGCUGGUUCACCAGGACAUUCGCCUAUUUCAGACGAAACGCAGCAACUUGGAAGAAUGCCGUGCGGCACAACCUGAGUCUGCACAAGUGCUUUGUGCGCGUGGAGAACGUGAAGGGGGCCGUGUGGAUGGUGGACGAGGAGGAGUACCUGAGGAGGCGGUCUCAGAAGAUCUCAGGUUCACCGGUGGUGAAGCCCCUGGCCUGGAGCCUGCCGUAUGGGACCACCGUCAUAGCCAGAGCGCAGACGGCCCUGGCUGAGGCUGCUGCUGCGGGGACGAGGAGGGGGGACCCAGGGACGAGGAGGGGAGACCCAGGCUGUAUCAGCAGCAGCUGCCAGGAGACCCAGGACUCUGACCCCCCCAGCAGACCUGGUUCCCCUCCACACGCCCAGAGGCCAAUCAUGGAAGACCAAGAAUGUCUGUCAAUGGUGACAACAAAUAGCCCAGACCCACAGCAGGAUGCAGAGCUAGAGGAGGGGCAGUUAUCAGACCUGGACUGACCCCAUGUGACCUGCAAGGUGCAUACCCUCUCCCAAUGGCUUCAGACAUGCACGUCUUCAAAAAAGAAAUGGUGUCAACCAAUGAUCCCAGCGUUCAGAAUACGGUGCUGUAAUGAAAACAGUUUUCUCUGGAGAUUUCUGUUCCUCUUUUUAGCUUACAGCAGUGCAUGUACAGUGUUAGGGGGGGUGUGGUUGUGUGGUAGCAUUUACACAUAGAGAUGUUUCUUCCCCCAAACUGUUGACGAUAUGUAAUUGUUGUCAGUGAUUCUGUGUGUUUGUAUUGUCUGUGCAACACCAAACUUAAAAAUGCGAAGAGAAUGUCGUUUUUUUCACAAAUGUUUAAAUGUUUUCACAAAACAUGUGAAGGUUCCACAUUUUUGGCUGGAAUAGACCCAAACUGGAACAUUUUUAAGCAUGUUUUAA